AUUAGAAGAAGAGAAGCGGCGAUUAUAAAGAAGGGGCAGAUAUAAAAGCCAAGGAGAGGAAGACCGAAGGAGAAAGACAGCCAUGAAUCCCAUCACCGUCAUCGCAUCUUUAAUGCUGCUGAUACAGAGCGGGGAAGCCCUGAGAUGUUACACGUGUCUCUUCCCGACCAUCGCUCCCAUGGAGUGCAUAAAGUUCCCGGUCACCUGCCCUCCCUCCGAAAAGUGUCUGAUCUCCACCGCCACCGGGAAAAGAGGUAACUUCCAGUUCGUGCUGAAGGAGAGAAGCUGUACCGUAAGCAGUCUCUGCGGCACCAGCGGCGAGAAAAACACGCUGGGCAUCAACGUCACGUUCCACAACACGUGCUGCGAAACUGACCUCUGCAAUUCUGGAACAUCUGGAAAGGCCACGAUGAUUAUCGCAGUUCUACCCCUUCUGCUCCUGCUUCUGGCGUAGAUGAGACCGGCGGCGGAACCUGAAUAAGUCUCAUAUUACCAAAUACAAUGUAUCUUUCUGUAUUUGUGUCCGCGCCCUGUAAAUAAAGGUUAAUGUGCAAAAAAAUCCAAAUGGAAUCUCAAAUUAAACUCUUCCAGAUGAAAGCUAAAGAAUUAGCGGAGGUUCAUCUCAACUCUGCCCAAAAAACCCCAAAAAUAUCAUUAUUGAUCCCUUUAAUCCAGAAGUUCUUGUGUGAGUCCGGAGAACAUGCGCGAGGACCAAAUACUGAAAAAAGGGAAGGCUUUUGGGUCCAGUUAUACUCCAUACCACUAUCCCUCACCUCGGUAAGUACACACAAUACAGAGACUCGACCCUAUACAGAGGAACCCAUGCGCAGCGGCAGCACAAAGCAACCCCCUUGUGUACAAAACGAGCCAUUUCUUUAUGAAUUUUCAGUUUUUAAUAGAAACGUGAAUAUUUUGCA